GUCUGUCACGCUUCCUUAGCAACGGGUUGCCCUGGGAAACAGGAGGACGCCAGACGAACAGCUGGUUGCCGGCGAGUUCCUAGCACCUGCUUGCUGUCAGAGGCGGCGAACCAUGUCGGAGAUCCUCUGCCAGUGGCUUAAUCAGGAGCUGAAGGUGUCCCGGACCGUGAAUCCCAAGUCAUUUGCAAAGGUGUUUUCCAGUGGCUAUCUAAUUGGAGAAAUUCUGCACAAAUUCGAACUUCAGGAUGAUUUUUCAGAAUUUUCAGACAGCAGGAUUUCAACAGCCAGACUUACUAAUUUUUCCCGCUUGGAGCCAACACUUCACCUUCUGGGUGUGCAAUUUGAUAAGAAUGUGGCCCAAAACAUAAUCACAGAGAAGCCUGGAGCAGCAACAAAACUCCUAUAUCAAUUGUACAUUGCUCUUCAGAAAAAGAAGAAAAGUGGGUUGACUGGAGUACCAGUGUCAACCACGCAGCCCCUGACAAGCUUGAAAUUUCAGAACGUGAAAAAUGAGGCUUUCCGAGAGCAACGCUUAAGCCGAAGACGACAAAAUGAAAUAAUGGCCAAAAUCCAAGCAGCAAUCAUACAAAUUCCUAAACCUGCAUCAAAUCGCACUUUGAAAGCUCUUGAGGACCAAAAAAGGAUGAAAAAGCAAAAAGAGGCAGCGGAUGUCGCUGAUGAAAUCAUGAAAUUUGAAGCAUUAAUAAAAAAGGAUCUCCAGGCAAAAGAAAGUGCAUCCAAGACUGCUUUAGAUACAGCAGAUUAUACAACUACAGAUUUGUUGAGCACUUACUCAGAUGAUGACUACAUUAAAAAAAUCCAGAAGCGCCUAGAAGAAGAUGCUUUUGCACGAGAGCAAAGAGAAAAAAGACGUCGGAGGUUGUUAAUGGACCAGUUAAUCGCCCAUGAAGCACAGGAGGAGGCUUACCGGGAGGAGCAGCUGAUACACAGGCUCAUGCGGCAGUCCCAGCAGGAGCGCAGGAUUGCGGUGCAGCUCAUGCACGUUCGGCAUGAAAAGGAAGUUUUAUGGCAAAACAGAAUUUUCAGAGAAAAACAAUAUGAGGAAAGACGACUUAAAGAUUUCCAGGAUGCCCUUGAUCGAGAAGCGGCUUUGGCAAAACAAGCCAAGAUUGAUUUUGAAGAACAAAUCCUCAGAGAGAAAAAAGUUUAUGAACAGAUUGCUGUGGAAAGAGCUCAGGCUCGUUAUAGAAAGCAUUAUAAAAUGUGUGAAGAAAUUUUGGAUCAAAUACUUGAUUUGUCCUUUAAAGUGGCAGACUAUAGAAUUCUGACAAAUAACCUGAUUCCAUUUAAGAUGAUGCAUGAUUGGAAGGAACUGUUUUUUCAUGGAAAGCCCAUAUAUGAAAACGUCUCUAUUAAGUAUAUCCCUGAUAAGCCCUCUGAAGAACAACUUACAGAAAUGGAUAAAAGAAACUUGCUAGAUAGCAAUGAUUAUGAAGAAUACAAGAACAUGGUGGGAGAGUGGGCUUUACCAAGAGAAAUGGUGGAUAACUUACCACCCUCCAACAAUCCCAUAUUGGGCCAUGCACUGCACAGACUCAUUGAAAAAUCUCUUCCUCCUCAAGUAGAGGCAACAGAACCUGAACUGCCUUCAUUUGCUGUUAAAGGAUGCUUACUGGGGAAAACACUUAGCGGGAAAACUAUCACUCUAAAGUCUCUACAAAGUGAGUUUCCUAUUCAGAUACUUUGCAUUGAUACUCUUGUCCAAGAAGCUAUCCAAGCAUUUCAUGACAAUGAAAAAGUCAGUGAGCACCCACCCAUUCAGAAAGAAGGUAGAGAGGCUCCAUCAGCUCUUCAGGACUCACACAGUGUAUCUUCAGCUGCUCCAGUUUCAGGUGAACCAUUACCAGAGACGCAAGGUGAAACUGCACCUAGUAGAAAUGCUAAUAGAACACCAAAAACUGAAGAAGUCAGUUCCCAUGAUAGUGAUAUCUCUAAACUCACAGUACGUGCUCAGCUUGGUGCAAAAUCACAAGAAUUGCUGAAGAAAGGAAAGAGCAUUCCAGACACGUUGUUAGUUAACAUCAUAGUAAAUGCUAUUAAUGAGAUACCUGUGAAUCAAAGCUGGAUCCUUGAUGGUUUCCCGAUGACGUUAAACCAAGCACAGCUUCUAGAGGAAGCUCUCACCGGCUGCAAUAGGAAUCUCAUGGAAAUGGAGGCAAAGAAAACACAAAUAUCCACACUGGCGGUGGACCCUACAGCUACAAAAGAAGUACCUCUCCCCCCUUCUGCUUUUGAUUUUGUCAUAUUGCUAAAUAUUUCAGACACUUUCUUGCUGAAUCGCAUGAAUGAUGUCAUAGGUGAAGAAUUUUCACAUGAAGUGGCUCAUAAAGAUAUCGAUCAACAUGGAACUGCUGAAAACCAAGAUAAGCAUGGGUACCAGAAUUUAAGAGAUCACAUACAUAAUAGAAUUAUAGGCUUCUUGGAUAACUGGCCUUUGUUGGAACAGUGGUUUUCAGAACCAGAAAAUAUUUUGAUAAAAGUCAAUGCUGAAAUAGAUAAAGAGCCUUUAUGCGAAAAGGUAAAAGAAAUUUUUACAAAUGAAAUAAUGAAGAAAAAGAAUAAAGUGGAGAAGAAAUUAGAAGAAAAGGAAGUUGAGAAAAAAGCAGCAGCUUCUUUGGCUGAGUCUCCACCUCUACCUCCUCCUCCUGAGCCAGAAAAAGAGAAGGAAACUCAUGCUCAGCUCAAGCAGGAGCCUUCAAAAACUCCUCCUGCCAAAGGAAAACCACAAUCAGAACCCCCACAUGGCAAACAAGAACCUCUUCAGGAAGGAAAAGGAAAGAAAGGUUCUCCUAAAGGAAAAACAUCAGGAGGAAAAAUACCACUAAAGAAAUCACCUGUUGGGUCUACAGAAGUAUCACCCACUCCAAUAGCGCAGCCACCACCUAAGCCAGGAUGUGAAGAAUGGGUCUAUGUGAGUGAACCGAUACCAGAGGAAGUACGUGCAUUUUUAAUACCUUACUGGCAAUUAAUAGAGAAUUCAUACAUAAACACCAUCAAAACAGCCCUCAGGAAUCUGAGAGAAGAUCAGCACACCCUCCUCGCUUACCUAUAUGAAACUAGAACAAGUUUCAAGCAGCUUCUAAAACAACCAGAUUACAAGCAAGAAUUUGUAUCUCAAUGGCAAGCUGAUUUCAACUCUCUUCCUGAAGAUCUGUGGAAUGAUGAGGCAACAAAGGCUGAGUUACACCAGAGAUUGAAUGAUCUGCGCGACCGACUGUGGGACAUCUGUGAUGCCAGGAAGGAAAAGGCAGAGCAAGAGCGGCUUGAUAUCAUUAACGAGAGCUGGUUUCAAGACUUUCUCGGAAUAACAAUGAACCACUUCUCUUCGCUAAUGCAAGCAGAACUGAACCGUUUCCAGGAUACAAAGAGAUUCUUUCAAGAUUAUUAUAGGGCAAUGGAAUGCAAAAACCCUACAGAAGAUAAUAAGAAAUUUACUCGAAUCACAUUGGUUCAACUGGAUGCUAAAGAUGUUUCAGAAAGCCAGAUUAGAUUUCCUUCAGGUCCUCGAAUGUCCAUUACUCCAGAGACAGCUACGCCCAGACCAAAAGUAAGAGCAAUACUGAGAAACAAGACAGAUUAUGCGCUAGAAAGCAUAGUGUUAAACUUUGAGGCAAACGAGAAGUUGAUCAUGGACACCUGGCAGCAGGCUUCUUUAGCAAUAUCUCACAUGGUGGCUGCUGAAAUUCAUCAGAGGCAGGUGGAAGACGAAAAGGAAAACCAGCCAGCAGACUCAAAAGAAAAGAUUCCUCAGAUGGGUGGGAAUAAAAAGGUCAAGAAGGAAAAGGAGCCACCUAAGAAAAAAAAGGCAGAUAAGAAAGCAAAAGAUAAGUCACCACCCACAGCAGAAGCCACUGUGACAGUGACAGCAGAGGAAAUGGCUGAAAUGGAGAGGAAAAAUGAAUUGAGACUCAAAAUAAAGGAAGAACAUAUUGCUGCCCUGCAAUUUGAAGAGAAAGCUACACAGUUUCGACUUGAACUGAUAAAAGCAAAAGCAAUGACCGCCCUUGAAGAUGCAGUAACCCAGGUGAUCGAUGUCUAUAAAUUUAUGGAAAAGUGGCUUGGUGAGAGGUAUUUGAAUGAGAUGGCCAGUAUAGAAAAAUUAACUGAAGUAGCUCGCUAUCACAUUGAAACAGCUACAAAAAUUCAGCAUGAGCUUUAUUUAGACCAAGAAGAAUUCUUCAUUAAUGACGAUAUAAAAGUCUUCCCAGAUCCUCCUCCACCAGAACGUCCUCCGCCUGUAGAAAAGGAAGAAAAUGGUACCCUGACCAUCGAACAGCUUGACAAUCUUGGAGAUCAGUUCUUAGACAUAGCCCCUAAAGGCAGGAAUCCUUCAGAUGAUAUAAGUCAAGUCACUGAAAAACAGAAAAGAAUAUGGAAAAUUGACCACUAUCUCCCAAGGAAAAACAAUCAAUUUUUGAAAAUUUGGCUUAAAAAAUAUCCUUGGCUUAUUUAUGAUGAGUUAUUAAAUCUUAUGUUCUGUGCCCUGUGCCGAAAGCACGGAGUGAAGUCAGGGGGACGUCAAGUGAGUUUAUUUUACGGCACUGACAACUUUAGGACUGAAUUUCUCAAUGCACAUCAUAUCAGCGAGGCUCAUGCUAAAGCUUUAAUAAUGGAAGCAACAAAUAGUUCUCCAGUAAACAGAGCUGCCACUGAACUAAUGGUGAGGACCAUGAGCAAAGUAACCUUUGGGAGAGUAGAGAACUUAUUCAGAUCAUGCCAUGCAAUUGCUAAGACUGGACGCCCCCUCAAAGAUUUUAUUUGGAUGUGCAAGCUGGAUGACAUGAAAGGUGUUGAUAUUGGCUCAGUCUUCAGAACUAAUAAAUCAGCAAGGACAUUUACAUAUUUUAUUGCUGAAGUGGAACGAAAAAAUCUGAAAGAAAAACUAGAAAAAACUAAAUUUUUCUCUAUCAUUAGUGAUGGAAUCAUAGAUAGUUUCAUGGAGGAGGCUGAACUUGUCUACGUCCAGUUCGCUCAGGCAGGAAAAGUGCAUUGUCAAAUCGUUGGGUUACAGAUAAUAGAAAGGAAGGAUUCCGUGACCAUAAGAAAUGCCAUUGAAAAAAUUCUAGAGAUAAAUCUUCAACUUAGGCUGUCAAGCCAAGACUGGGCAAAGAAACUGGUUGGUUUUGGAAGCAAUGAUACCUUUGGAAUGGAGGAGGGGGUGAGUAGAGUGGCCCUGCUUCUGAAAGAAAUCCAACCAUGUGUGCAGACCGUGUACUGCUUUGCACAUCACCUUGAACUAGCGUACAAGGCAGUGUUCCAGAACAUUCCUCUGUACGACGACAUCAAAGAACUCCUCCACAGCAUUUGGCACUUCUAUCACAACUCUCCUCUUCAGAAGAGCUCUCUGAUAAACACUUUCAAAAGCCUUCGGCUUCCACCCGUGAUGCCUUCUCAAGUAGAAGACAAGAGAUGGCUUCGAGGAUUACAAGAGGCCCUCCAGAACUUUCUCAAGGGAUUUCCUGCCAUUGCCCAGCAACUGCACUCACUUACAUUACAGACAGGUGUCGGCAGAAGUUCCAGCAGCCAACAGAAAGCCAGAGAACUUCUGGAUCGCCUUCUCCAAGCUGAUGUUGUUAAAUUUGCCCAUUUCUUGCUGGAUGUUAUUAACGUUCUCAGUAUUCUGUCCUGUGUCAAUCAGAACAGAAAUUCCUCAAUUGCUGACAUAUUUGCCACGUUGGAGGCAACUCUGGAAAUGCUCCGGAUGUAUCAAACAAGACCAGGGCCAAAAGAAUAUAGGGUAGCUUCAGUCACACACUUUCACGGUUACUCUCUCAGAGGAAAAGAUAACAUUGCUGCUGUGAGAAGCGUGGUUCUGACACAUCUUAUCAAGAGACUGCAAGGCUGCUUCAGAGAUGCCAGCCCAGAUGUGGUAAAGGCAACCAUAAUUGGAAGCUUUAAAUUGUGGCCCACAAAGAUAAAUCAAGGCAUAAUGGGAAAUAAAACAUUUAAUGACAUUCUACUUGAUCUGGUAACCCUGAACCUUGGAACAAAUAGCCUUCCGAGUAGUUGGAUGCAUCUCACACAGUCUGAACUACAAGAGUUAACAUCUUUACUAGUGGUGAAUUCUGAGUUCGUGGACUGCUGGAAAUUCCUGUUAGUCGCAGCAAUGCCUUGGCCCAUCCCCCAGGAGGAGGAGCUCCUUGAAACCCUGCAGAGGUUCAAGGCGGUAGAUGAGGCACAGACCGGCACCAUCAAUUUUGAGCAGUAUAUGCAGGCUGGUCUGUGGUUUUCAGGAGAUGAAGAGAUAAAAGUUCCAGAAAAUCCCCUUGAGCCCUUGCCAUUUAAUAGGCAAGAACACCUUAUAGAGUUCUUCUUCAUGCUGUUUGCUGACUGUGAGAAGGACCCACCCCAGCUUGACUACACUCAGAUGCUGCUGUAUUUUGCAUGCCACCCGGACAUGGUGGAAGGUAUCUACAGGGCUCUCAGUGUGGCUGUUGGAACUCAUAUCUUCAGACAAGUUGAAACGCCUGUGCUGGCUGCAGAAAAGACUCCCUUCUCUCCUGGCCUGAGUCCCAUCAGUGAAUCUCCUGACCUUGAGGAAAAGUCUGGAAAAGAAGAAAGAGAAGUGAAAGAGGAGAGGGGUGAAAGAGAACAAAAGAAAAAAGAAGUACCUGGCAAGACAAACACUGAAAAGAUUUCCAUGGAAACACUACUCACAGUAUUCCGAGGAGGAAGCGAAACACAAGAUACUAACCGAUUUGCCAGUCACCUAAAGAUAGAGAACAUUUAUGCAGAGAAUUUCACAAAGACAUUUCAGGACCUUGGUGUUAAGAAUGUGGAGCUGAUUGAAAUUGCUCUUCUUUUGAAACAUCCUUUCAUUCAGCAACUGAUUGCAAGUUAUUCAGACUAUAAGCUUCCUGUUAUUAAGAAGAUUCUCCAAAGGAAUGGACAUGUACAAAGACCUGAUGAUGAAAGAUCACCUACAAGAUUUACAGAGGAAAAGAAAUGACAAAACAGUAUCAUUUCAUAAUUUGACAAUGAGCUUUCCAAAAAUCAAAUGAGAAUAUGAUGUUUAUCAUACAUAUUCCGUUGUAAACAGAGAAAAUGACCCUCACUCAAUUAAAAAUAUUGUAUUACAAGCCUUACAGAAAUACAGCAAAUAUCCAAAGUAUGCAAAAAAAAUUUGGAAAUGAUUCUGAAAACAAAAUGUAUCAUUAAAA